AUUGGAAAUAAAGUGAGGAGAAAGAAAAGAGAAAUGUGACCGAGAUGGGGCAGUUGGCAGAGGAAGGAAGCGGAUAAAAAGAGAGAACAAAGAAAUCGCAAUCAAGAGGGAUCAACUGGAGAGGUCAUUUUGAACAAGCAACAAAACUAGCGGAUUUCAAAGUGAAAUUCCGGAGGAAAUUUAAAGAGCAUCCGGAUCCGGAGAAAGAGAGAAAGAAAGAGGAAGGGAAAAAUAAAUCAAACGUGGAGAGGAGCUAAGGCGGCCGAAGAGAAGCCCAAGAAGAAAGAAGCUGACACCCAGGCGGAGAUGGGGAAAUGAAUCCCUGUGGAAGACAAACCGAAAGGGAGCCUCAGCCCCGCUAGGAGCCCUGAGAAGGAAGCUGCUGGAGGCGAGACGCAUGCUACCUUCGCUGCCUAACAGUCUGUCUAACCAUUGCUGACCAAUGUCAACAGCUAGGGAGCAGCCCAUCUUCAGCACCAGGGCCCACGUGUUCCAGAUCGACCCGACCACCAAACGGAACUGGAUCCCGGCCAGCAAGCACGCCCUGACCGUCUCCUACUUCUACGAUGCCACACGCAACGUCUACCGCAUCAUCAGCGUGGGCGGCACCAAGGCCAUCAUCAACAGCACCAUCACCCCCAACAUGACCUUCACAAAGACCUCCCAGAAGUUCGGACAAUGGGCAGACAGCCGGGCCAACACAGUGUAUGGGCUGGGCUUCGCUUCAGAGCAGCAUCUCUCCCAGUUCGCAGAGAAGUUCCAGGAGGUGAAGGAAGCUGCCCGCUUGGCGAGGGAGAAAUCGCAGGAUAAGACAGAGCUGACCAAUCCCGCCCUGAACAUCACUUCUCACCAGGUGUUGCCCAGCCCCAUCAUCAGCUCCAAUGGGCCAGGAGAGGAGAAGCUGUUUCGGAGCCAGAGUGCCGACGUCGAGAUGACGACAGAGAAGGAGCGGCUGAAGAAGAUGCUCUCCGAGGGCUCGGUGAGCGAGGUCCAGUGGGAGGCCGAGUUCUUUACCCUCCAGGACAACAACAACAAGCUGGUGGCUGCUCUGCACGAGGCCAACGCCAGUGUGGACCAGUGGAAGAACCAGCUGGCCGCGUACCAGGAGGAGACGGAGACACUGCGGCAGCGGGUGGCUGAGCUGGAGUUGCAGGGAGCUCAGGAUUCCUCCAACGAGAGCAACAAGGAGGACCUGAGCCAGACGCUGGAGGAGCUGGAGCUGCUGAUCAAGUCAAAGGACGAGGAAAUUCAGAUGCUGAAGAGCCAGAAGUGCAGCCGGUGGGAGGCCGAGGGGGAGCGCGAGGAGAUGCUGCAGAAGCUGCAGGAGCUGGAGGCCCGGAACGCAGAGCUGGAGCGACGCCUGCACCUGGCUGAGCAGACGCUGGCCGAGACCCUGGCCGAGAGGGAGAAGAUGCAGAGCGAGGUCACCAAGGCAGCCGAGCUCAUGGACGUCAAGAUAUUCGAGCUCAGCGAGAUCCGGCAGGGACUGGCCAAGCUCCUGGAGAGCAACUGAGGAGCCAGAAGGCCCGUGGGGAAGGCGGGGUCCCCGCCAGGGCCAUCAGACUACCGUCAGGGGCACAGGGCUGGAGCCAGGCAGGGCCCAUCCACACGCCACCGCUGCCCGGAGCCAAAACUGGCUUGAGCCACUUGCGCACAGAGCACUGCGGCCGGCGCGUCCCCGCAAGACCAGCCCUAAGGGACAUCCAGGCUCCUCUGGCUCCCGGCACAGCCUGGCCCUCCCUGCGUGGCUCAGUGACUCGGCUGCCUCGGCCCCCCUGGCUCCCGCACUGCACUGCCCACAUUUUUACAGCCCCUUUUCUAGCCAUGGAGCCGCCUUUGCGGCUCUCAGUAGUUUUUGUAGGAAAACACUUGCCUCUUGUAGAACGAGCCGCUCGGCCUCCGCUGCCCAGGGAGGAGAUGGCUCGUCUCACCAUGGGCAGCAGCGGGUCCUCCCUUUCCCCACCCUGCCACGCGUUUCAACAGGAUCUGAUCACUUUGGUUCACUAUCUGUGUGCACCGGGGCCUGGGAGCAUGGUGGGUCAUGGCCUGGCCCCAUCCCUGCUCCGCUGCUCAGGCUCAUCCUCCAGAGGGGUGAGGAGCUGCAGGCUUCACCUCUGUAGCUGAAUUUUAAGGCCACGGGGUUUUAUUCUUACUUUUUAAAGCUGCUUUUUGAAGAUGAGAGCAGUGGCCCUACUGCGGGGAGGGUUGGGGGGGGGAGCUUUUGAGACAUGGGAUAUCCCCUGGGGAUGCCCAGCAAAUUGCCAGGCUGGCAUCUCGCCAGGCCUGUGAGGGUUGUGAUUAUUUGAAUUAAAUGGAGCAAAUCAUAGUUGCUCUCGUGUGUGGGCAAGAGCAGCCCCGUGUCCAUCAAUGCUGCAGCCUGGGGAGGACACCGGUCGUCUCCCCACCGGGCAGAUGCAGCUGGGCCGUGGGACGCUGAGGAAGCGCGAGUGCUCGGGGAUGUUGUCCAGGCACCGGGCUCUGACGGGGCUCGAAGGAGCCUGGGGAGCCUCAUGCCUCCUCCCACGGCUGGAAGACCCUGUAGUCUCCUAGUAGCAUGCUUAGUCUUGUGCUGCCGCCCAAGCCGUGUCGAUGUAGGGGGCUGGCAGCCUCCCGGGAGGGGGUGGGGGGUCACUGGGUUUGUUUAUUACUUUUCUCUUUGCUGCGUAGAUCGAGUGUAGACAGAAGUGGUAGCGACUAAGGUUCCUGGGAGCCUGCAGAAGGGGUGAAGAGUCUUCCUAGAGCGCUAGCAAGCAGUAGAGGCCAAAUCGCCUGCGCUCACAGCAGCGUGACUCUGCAGGCCUGGCCCUCCUCCCAUUUGCGCCAAGAGAGGGGACGUCAGCACCAAGCUGACAGGCAGGAAGGAUCAGGCCCAAGGAACAAGUCCGAGCACGACGGAGCUGCCCUGGGCUCUGGGAGAGCCUCUGCCUCGGCCAGCGCCCACGUGAGUGAGGGGAGUUUGGCCCAUUACCCUCCAGGAGCACAGAGCUGCGGUAGGGGCAGGAUCCACGGUGCUGGGCCUGCAUGUAGGUGGGAAACCACCGAGGUUGUGGGCAUGAGCCCGUCGUCGCAUCCAUUUGCAACAGGGCGAUUGGCAGGGGACGAGCCAGCACAGGGAUGGAGAGGCCCAGGGCACACGUACCACCCCCCCAGUGCUCCGGGAACCCCCUUCCCUCCCCUUUGGAAAUAGAGCUCAGCUCCAGGAAA